AUGCCAAAAAGACCCACUUCACCACCCAUUGAAGAUGCCCAACGAGCAAGACCAAAGCCUCGUGCAAAGUCGUAUGGCCUAGGAUUGAUGUUACGUGGUGAAGAUGUAGAGGAUCAAGCGAGUAACGUCGACUCCCAAGGUCAAGGUACGGAUAAUACGACUGCGGCUGUAUCAAAUGAUGAUAACAACGAUACUAAAUCCCCACCUCCAAGUUGGUUACCUACCUUACCACCUCAUGAGUUUAUACAAGAAGAAGAAACCAUCUUACCUUCUCUUCAACCUCCAAUUAUACCACCAACUCACUCUCAGACUCAGCCCCAGCCACAGCCUUUAGAAACGAUGACAGCUCCUACUCAUACAUUAUCACCAACACCUUCAACUGAAAAUUCUACUUUACCGCCACUCACGCCCAACACCCAAUAUGCCAUGGGUGGUUUGAACGGAUCGACAGGUCCACCCAGUCCAACGGGAUCAGCAUUCACGUUUACUUCAAGUAUGCAACAUGCUGUCUUUAGGGAAGAUGAAGGGAGGUUGUAUAAUGCUGUUCAGGAUGACUAUGCACUACCAGCUGAUACCGAAGAGAUUCAGAGACUGGAUAUACAACAUCAUGCGAUCCGCCUGCUACUCGGAGGCAAUUACCUCCCUCACGUGGGAGAUUAUCUACGUACCCAUUCGCCCCUUGGGAAAGAUAUGAGGGUACUGGAUUUAGGAUGUGGGACUGGCAGUUGGUGUUUAGAGAUGGCAAGGGAGUUUUCAGAAGCAGAAUUCAUCGGUAUCGACCUUGUACCAAUUCAACCUGACACCUUGCCCGAUAAUUGCUCGUUCGCAAUGGACGACAUAACCAAAGGUCUACCAUACCCUGAUGCUACAUUCGAUCUGGUCACUGGAAGACUAUUAGUUAUGGGUCUACGCGAUUACCCUUCUCUCCUUUUGGAUAUAGCGAGAGUGAUCAAGCCUGGCGGGAUGUAUGUGGCUACCGAACCAGAUAUCAACUUGAUUCUCCCCGAUGGCCGCUCCACAGCGGGCUUGAAAGGCUGGGUUGGCUGGGAACAGGGAUUGCAGAAGUAA